UAGCUAUUUAGUAAUCCGUGAUCCGAAGGUUACGAUGAUGGCUGGCGUGGAAAGUAGUUAAGGUAUUGAAGUGUUGUUUAAUUGUAACGUGGCCCUUGAAGUUUAACAGUACUGGUUCAGUUUCAUAUUUUAUUCUCUAUAGUCUUACUGUUUAACUUGUACAGGUUUUGCAUUCGUAGGUCUGUGUGUGUGCAGAAUGUUAUAAAUUCACUUGCACCAAUUUUACACCAUUGUGCCGGCAGCGCAAGUAUUAGGAAGUUCUAAUCAAGUAGGAGUAGGAAUUUUCUCAAAAUACAUUUUGUGCAUCAUCGUGUCGUACAAACUGACAUGUACAUCUCACUUUUAUGGAGUUACACCUGUAGAGAAGAUGUGUUGGUUAACAGCACAUAUGACAGUGUUGCAUUCAGGUGUCAAAAGUGUCCGUCCAUAUAAUUAAGCCAGCAAUUCUGCGACAUUGCCAUGCAACUAAUUGAGCAUUUCUUCUCAAUGAUUUAAAAUCCGAAAUCUGGGGAUCUUCCAUGUGUAGAUAUUUUAGUACAGUUGUGGGACCAAGCUAGCAACAGCCAUGGGUAACAAAAAUAGCUGCUGUGCACAUUCAAGCCCUCCACCAGGCCGGAAAGAUGUGCCACAUUAUGAGGAAUAUUUGCCGAAAGAACAAGAAAGUGUUGGUAAUUUACAACAUAUUAGUGAAAGAGAACCAGAAGAUUGGGAUGCAGACCCAUCAUUGCAUCCUAAAGCAGGGACCAUCUUCAUGGAGAGAUCAAAAGUUUCGUUAGAAAAUGGAUUGGUGAGGAAGAGGAGCCAGAAUCAUCUUGUAGAUGUGCGGCCAUUGAAGAAGAGUAGCUCAUGUUCAACGAUCUACCUGGAUGACAGUACAGUUUCACAACCAAAUCUGAAGAACACUGUCAAAUGUGUAGCACUUGCAAUUUACUACCACAUUAAAAAUCGAACUUCCCAUCGACAACUUGAUAUCUUUGAUGAAAAACUUCAUCCACUAACGAGAGAUGGUGUUGCAGACGAUUAUGACAAACACAACCCAGAACAUCGUCAGAUCUACAAAUUUGUCAGGACAUUAUUCAAUGCAGCACAGCUUACAGCUGAAUGUGCAAUCAUAGCAUUGGUAUACUUGGAAAGGCUUUUGACGUAUGCUGAAGUUGAUAUUACACCAGCGAAUUGGAAACGAAUUGUACUGGGAGCAAUUCUAUUAGCAUCCAAAGUAUGGGAUGACCAAGCAGUUUGGAAUGUUGAUUACUGCCAGAUUUUGAAAGACAUAACUGUGGAAGAUAUGAAUGAACUUGAGCGUCAGUUUUUGGAGAUGCUGCAAUUUAAUAUCAACGUUCCCUCCAGCGUAUACGCCAAGUACUACUUUGAUUUGCGGACUCUUGCUGAAGCCAAUGAUCUUUCAUUUCCUGGGGAGCCUCUCAGCAAAGAUCGAGCUCAAAAGCUGGAAGCAAUGUCACGUGUGUGUGAGGACAAAGUAACAGAACAAGCGCUUCGCAAUGGGUAUAAGAAAUGGUCAAGUAUGGACAAUGUAAGUACUGGUGGACCACGACGAAGUGUUGCCAUUUUGUCCUGAGUCUGUUCUACAUGGGAACAUGACCAGUGAUCAGGGAAUCAUAAACUGUCAGGCAUGCAAAACGUCUUUCUAUGUGCACCACACCACAGAAGCAUAAUGAGGUUUUGAGAUCAGAGGCAUAUAUUCCAAGAAAUUACUUCAUAUUUCAGUACUGUCAUACCUUUAUCUGUGGUUCUGUAAUUUCAGUUUCAUCUGUUGUAUGUUGUGACUUCAUUAUGGCCAAACGGUGGCAUUUGACAUUUUUAAGUGGAGUCCUAUUACAAAGCCUUCAGUGUCCAGCCCAAAUUGUUUCAGAGUUUGAGUAUCUCAGUGAAGGAACUGAAUAAUGAGUUGUCUUGUAAGAACUGAAGUGUUACCAAAGUCUGUCAAGUGAGUAAAUUUAUGUCACUAGAAGUAUGCCAUACAUCUUGAAGUCAGAUGCAGAGAAAUUGUCAGGGAAUAAGGGUAUGCAACAGUAUAAUGCUAAAUGCCUUGAUUUUCAAACUGUGGGCUUGACUAUUAAUUCUCCUAGCAUUUGUGUAUUAACUUGACUCCAAAGAAAACUGGAUAUACAGAGAAAUACAAAUAUAAUUUUUAUCUUGUAAUAUGUGAAAAUCUAGCAUUUGUAACAUGUCACAUGGUGUAAUAUUAUAAUUAUAAAUGCAGAAUUCUUGAAAUGGUGGGUUGGCAUUAAAUAAGUUCGUGAUUGGCUGCACACAUUUUAAGUAUUAUUAUUUUUUAAUAUGUGCAGCUGAAACUGUAUUACAUGAUUUGAUGUGUAUUAUAUAUUGAUUUCUGUGAUCAAUUAUUUAUGCAUAAGACAACAGAGAUAUGCCAAAAUAGGCAUUUAUUAAUAUUCUCUUAUAAAGAGGGGUCCUAUGUUUAAGCUAUGUUCAUAUUUUAUUUCUUGGUCAGGGAGUAAAAGCAGUCAACCAUUUUAAUAUGAAGUAAUUAAUGGGGUCAGAAUUUUUAUAUACAGCAAUCCCUUGUCACUCAUAAGGGUUGCAUUGCUGUUCCUGCAAAACAAAAGUGUUGGCAAGGGAUUGAUUUACUUUAGAAGAAAAAUUUAUUAGGUUUCUUUCACUGUAUGGAAUACCAGUAUGCUGCAUAUUAAUUUGCUGUGAGGCUUAUAUGGAGAGUCAUAUAAGUUCCUUUCAUUCCUUAGUGGGUGUUACAAAUAUGGUCAGUCAAGGUUAUUUUAAGCUGGCUUAGCUUGUUGAGUAAACUGAUGAUGCAAGGUGAUGUAUCUGUAGCAUGUGUUAUAUGUUUAAAGAUUCUAGUUGGAAUAUUCAAAGAGUAACUUUCAGUAUUUGUGAUAAAUUAUGCUUCAUUUAAAAAUAGACUGAUGGGAAAGUAAUGUGCUAUUAAUAUACCACCUCUUAAUAUUGAAUUAGUUAUGUUGCUAAGAUAUCUUGCCUGUUGGCUCUCUUGGAAAUCUUUUCUCAUUAUUCUGCAAAUUUAGAUUAAUAUCUGUGAGAUAUGAGGUUCUCGCAGUGUUUUUUUUUUUUGCCAGCAUUUCUGAGGAAUAUUCGUAAACUUCUACCAGGCUACACAGCAUCACAUCCCAGAAAUCAGUGCAUACUUAUUUUGACACAGUUUAUUUCUAGCAAUACAGAGAGACCUUAUGAGGAUAUAGAUCUAGUACUUUGUAAAAAUCUGACCUAAGACAUGUAGAGCAUUUACAACAAGAAUGUCACUGUAUGCAUGAAAUGAAUAAUCUUGCAACUGAUCUUUUUAUAAUGAAAUAAAUAAAUCAAACAUUAUGAAGUAUA